GUUCCCGAUCGAAAACCAUCAAACCCCACCGUGCCCAUCCCCCGAAAACCCCACAAACCACCGAGCCCCAGAACGAUAUCCUCCGAUCCCCCAAACCACCGCCUCCCAGUCUCAACCAUGGCGUUCCGGCUGAGCAACAACCUGAUCGGGAUCCUGAACGCGGUGACCUUCCUUCUCUCCAUCCCGAUCCUGGGCGCGGGCAUUUGGCUGGGCCACCGCGCCGACGGCACCGAGUGCGAGCGCUACCUCUCGGCGCCCGUAAUCGCGCUGGGGGUCUUCCUCCUCGUCGUCUCCAUCGCGGGGCUCGUCGGCGCCUGCUGCCGCGUCACCUGGCUGCUCUGGGUCUACCUCCUCGCUAUGUUCGUCCUCAUCGUCGCCCUCUUCUGCUUCACCGUCUUCGCCUUCGUCGUCACCAACCGGGGCGCCGGGGAGGCCGUGUCGGGCCGGGGGUACAAGGAGUACAGGCUUGGGGACUACUCCAACUGGCUGCAGAAGCGGGUGGAGAACCACAAGAACUGGAACAGGAUCAGGAGCUGCCUCCAGGGCUCCAAGGUCUGCAAGAACCUGCAGGACAAGAAGGAGUCGGUCACCGACUUCAUGCGUUCCGACCUCUCCCCGAUCGAGUCUGGGUGCUGCAAGCCCCCCACCAGCUGCGGCUUCACCUACGUCAGCGGCACGGACUGGACCAAGACCACCGCCACCAACUCGUCGUCGGACCCGGACUGCAACACCUGGAGCAACGAUGCGCUCUGCUACGACUGCCAGUCGUGCAAGGCCGGCGUGGUGGCCACCGUCAAGCGGGACUGGAAGCGCACCGCCAUCGUCUGCAUCGUCUUCCUCGUCUUCAUCAUCAUCGUCUACUCCAUCGGAUGCUGCGCUUUCAGGAAUAACCGCAGGGACAACGCCUACCACGGCGGCUGGAAGGGCGGGUACGCCUGAUCUGGUCGAUCCACCGUCGUUUCGGAGCCUAGCAGACGAGAUCCGCUGCUCGAUUGGUCGAGCGUGCCAGCUCAGUGCUCUGCUCUCGCUGUCCUGCGGUCGCUUUCGUCCUAUAUGUUUAGGCUUCAUCUAGCUCUGUACAGUCGAGAUUGUUACAGCUUCUUAUCGUCUGCUAGUCACUUUGUUAUGAUCUGAUCACUGGUCAGCAGUAGGUUUUGUACAUGCUGUUCGUUGAUUUUGAUAUACUGCUCUAUAUUCGUAUGUGGAUGCCUUUAUUCUACAUGUUACUUUGGUGAA